AUGGAAGAGGAUGGCUUCAAAUUGGUGGCCACGAAAAGGGCCAGAAAAGCCAAGGUUUUUUUGAAAUUCUUUUCAGAUCUUUCAUUAAAAAACCGGGUCUUUCAGAAAAAAAAAAUGCAGGGAACGUUUGAAUUUACAGUAGUUCAUUAACCACCGCCUCAUUAAAAAACUGCCAAACUUCCAAAAAGGCUUUUGAAACGAUUAGGGAAACAUUGUGCAAAAACUGGAGAUUCAGAGAAAAAUUUAGUUUUUCGCGAGUUGGGAGUGAUGAAUAGAGUAUCAGCUGCUUCACGGCUCGCUUGAGGACGCUAAGGGGCGUGGCCUGUCUGCGCUCUCCACGAGCCAGGCGCUAUCUCGUGCAUUAUCGUGUCAGGACCCUUUUUUUCGAUGACUCAAGCCAGCCGUGAAUCAGAUAUACAAAAAAAUUUUUUUGAUAUCAACGAUGUUUUCUCUAUGAAAGGCCUGAGAAAAUGGGCUUUAACCUUCUCGGAAACAUUUCUUAAUAAAAAUUUUUCCCCUCCAGAAACUUUUGAAAAUCUUCAGACGAUCAACGGAAAUUCAAAGCAGCCAAUAAUCUUGCAAGGAACUCUGGAAGACGUUGAAAAGGCGAUGAAAAGAACGAAAGAAGCUUGGGAAAAAUGUCAGUUUAGGUAAAUGGAUAAUUUAUUAUAAGAUUUGUUUCGAAGUUGUACAUCGUUAAUGCCGUGUUCAAUUUGAUUCCGCGAAAUGCAAAAUGAUCUCUGACUCUCCAAAAUUUAGUGAUCUUUUCCCUUUCUCUAACGGGUAUUUUGCAUUUCGCGGAAUCAAAGUUGAACACGACAUAAAAACGUGAUUCCUUGUAACAUUGGUUCUGAUUUUCAGCAAAAGAUUCCUGGAAAUCAUUUCCCAUAACGUCUUAUUAGACGGGAAACUCAAGCUAACGGCGGUUUAUGCCAUCGGAAAUGGAAAUUUCGACAAUUUCUACCGGGCCGGAUCUCAUCAACUGACCGCCUGUGUUGCUGUUGCCGAGAAAUUCAGGGAGUUCCGCUCAUUUUCCAGGUUUUAUCUUCAAUAUUCAUAUUUUUGAAGGUCUCGUUAUAAAUAAUAAUCUUUUUUUAAUGAUGAGUUUGAACUGAAUACGUGGAAUAGAAGACCUCAUAGCCGAAUCACGGCUAACUUGGAACGCCGAGAGGCGUGGCGUGUCUGCGCUCUCCACUAACCAGGCACUAUCUCUUUUAUUAUCGUGUCAGGACCCUUUUUUUGAUGUCUCAAGCCAGCCGUUUAAAAUUGUCUUUUUUUCGUGUAAAAUGAUUAUAGUUCAUUCCGCGGCAGCUUGUCGCGGUUUUUUUUUCUCUCCGAGCGACAGAACUCUUCCCUCAAAUUGGCUCUCUGCAUGCGCCUUUAAUUUAGCCGAGAAUUUUCAUUUUAUUAAAGGCGCAUGCGCAGAAACAGACCACGCGCAUCGAACGGAAGAGUUCUGUAGCUCUUACGAUUCUCUUACGACAAAUUAAUCCAUUUUCGGAAAAAAUUGGGGGGUUCUUUUUUUCGAAACACAACAUGAUCACUAAUUUAAAAAGCUUAGGAUCCAAGUGCCCAAAAAUUCAAAAAAAUAUCAAAAGUUUUCUUUUCUAAAAAAAGGACAUAAUAAAUCGAAAAUUUUGAAUUCGCGCUUGAAAGCUGCCAUCGUUGUAGGUACCAGUAUAUUGAAAAUUCCCGAAAUACGAAUUUCAAACAAAAGAAGCGUCAAUUUUGAAAUCGGUGAAGUGACUUUGAAUACGACGUUAUUUUCUUUCAGUUAUUUUCGGAAAAAAAAAGAACUCUUUAAGAGGCCCCUGUACAGCUUUUCCAGUAAUAUAUUGCACCAACGCUGCUAAUUCCAAAAUCAAGGACCCAACACUGACGGAACCUGAGAGGGAAUGGCUCACCGCACGAGGUUACGGUAUCCGCGACCGACUCGACACUGAAAUCGACUUUUCAACGUUGAAUCCUGGAGAAAUCGCUCUGGUUGUGAUGAUUCAUGGUGGGUCAGAAAUGGGAAUUUGGAGUUUCGAAGCAUUUUUGUGCAACUUUGUGAGUCAUUUUGAUAGAAUUUUUCUUAAGUUUUAGGGAUCAUUUCAGGAAAACCUCCCUCCUUCGGACGUGGGGGAUCGGAUGCGGAGCUAUUCUGGAAUUUCCCCGAAGUUCAUCCUUUUUCAUCUAUAAGGGAAAUGUUAGUAGGGUUUUCCAGAGAGACCGAAAAUAUUCAGAAAUUCAGGGUUAAAGUAAAUAUUUUUCUGAGUUCUCGUAAAAAAAUUUAUUCGAAUUUCAGCUCCCCACGAGAUCCGAGCCGAAUUGUUGAGUUUCAACUGGAGCAGAGAAGCUCUGUCGAAAAAUCGCUCUUGUCGGGAAUUUCUACUCGGAUGA